GGGCGCCAUGCAGACAGGUCAGCUUUUCACCUUGUAAGAAGCUAUUUUGGUUCAGUCUGGCCAAAAGGGUAGUCGACCUAGAUGAUACAGCCUCCUGCUGAGCGUGGAAACCUGCUCACAUUGGUGACUUAAUGCCCCCCCCCCCUCCCGCACACAGCUCAGAGACGCCUCACUUCGAGCGGCUAAAAGCCAAACCGAUGGACAAAGUGAGAGCGCCUCUCUGCGCCAUAGGAUGAUGCUGGGUGGACCAAGCGCAGCGAAGCUAUAAGGGAGCGCUCCUUAAUUUCCCUUCAACGCCGCGUCCCUCACUCCCCCUCCCCUCCCCCGGGUCCAUCUAUCCAGCUCCGGACCCACGGCGUAUGGACCGUGUUUCCCCCCGUUCACACACUUGGAUUUAUCCAAUGCAAUAUUUACAAGCCAAACUUCAGCAGCUUGUCCACUGGAUAUGGCUCCCAGUGUGAAGAGUGAUGGGCGGGUUGGUCAUCCCGACGCACCGGGAGCCUGCGGGGCAGACUGCGAUGAUGGAUGCGCGCCGCGCAGGAGGAGAGCCGGAGGAGACACAGGGAGGAGGAGGAGGUGUUUGAGGAGCGGACUGCGAGCCGGAGCAGCGGGGAUGUUCGCAAACCGCAUGCUGUCUGCGGCUCUGAUUUCUCUCCUUGUCCGGUGCGCUGUGGCAGCAGAGGAAAACUCCACCUACGAUGCCUCUGGCUCCCCACCUUUACGGAGGAGCUCUGCAAUCACAGGCGAUCCUGUUCAACCAAUGGCUGAACUGUCAGUGACCGGGGAGGGGCCUUUCCAAGUGGUCCGUUCGGACGGCGACUCAGACGCUGAGGGUUUAUCGGGACAGCCUGCUUUCUCCUCCAUCUUAACUGUGAUGGCAGGAACUGUCAAAGAUCCUGUAGGCCUUGAUCAAAGUAGAACCUUGCCAACUAUCAGCAAGGAUGAUCCACUCACCACCCAAUGGCCUUCACAUAGUUCCAGCCAAGGCUCAGACAUGUCCUCCUCAUCAGUGGGGGACGACUUCAGAGCACGCUCAGAGCAAGAGAUGGAUGAUGUUACUGCUGGAACAUCUAAAUCUGUUGUGUCCACCUCACCCAAAGAGAAGGAGACUGAUCUAAACUCUUCUCAGUCAGACAGGAUAAUAUUUUCUGUUGGGCCCGUCAAGGACACAUCUCAGGUAUCGCUUCUGACACCGCAACAAGACACCACAACAGCCUCUGUGAAGCUCACCACUACAACUGCAUCGUCAACUACAAAACCGACCACCACUACCACUAGCACGCCCUCUCUAAGAUUAAUAACAUACUCAACAACAACCACCACGCAGCGCCAGCCGAUUACCAGAAGAACCACCACAGCCAUCAGGACUUACACCAACAGAAGAACGUUUACAUCUCCCAACCAAAGAGCAAGCUCCCCGAGGGGCAUCACCUCCAUCUUCAUUUCACCUUUCAUCACAACUACAGAGGCUCCGCAGCCACAGUGUAACAUCACUGAGAGGUUAUGGGUUAAAACAGUUGUUUCAAUCUACGUUAGGAGGAAUAGGCUGGAUAGCAUUCAGAGGCAGAACCUGCGAAGGGGACUGAGUCAAGGCCUCAGAAAAGCUUUGAAUGACACAUCAGCACAAGCACAGGUGGAGACAGUUUUUGGCUCUCCCAACAUGACGGUGGCCUAUCACGUUACAGGAGGGGAUACAGUUUUCCCUCCUUCUGUAGUAGUGGAAGGCUUGACAUCCUACGGCCGCGAUAAGCUGAUUGCAGACCUGCGACAGUACCUCCCCAUGGUGACAGCCCUGCCCCUUCCUGUUGCUUUGUGGAGAUCCAGCCCUGCCACUGGCUUCCAGCUGAAAACAGUGUUGCAGUUUGUGGGAGCGGAUGAUGAUCCCCGAUCCUGUCGCUUCUUACAAAUGAUGGAGCAAAGGCUUGAGAAGGUUUUUUCUGAGGCGCAGGCCAAAGUACUCAACACAAAAAGCCGACUUGCAGUUCAAAUUCUGAGUGUCUCUCAGGCACACGCCUCCCCUGCUGUGUCUUUGGUCUACGCUGUAAAGAAUGGGACUGUCUUUCUCAAUGGAACAGUUGCCUCCAACCUUCUUGGUCAGCUUUCUGCUGAGCUUGUGGGCUACUUCCUCUUCUAUCCUCCUCUUAUCAUUGCUGAGCCACUUGAAUACCACAAUCUGAACACAUCUGUUGAAACCAGAGACUUCUGGGUAGUAACAGUGAUCCAGGAUGUCGAUAGUGUCAGCCUGGACGGACAGUACCAAAGCUUUGCCAGUCUAAUGGAGCAGCGCUUGGCGGAGCUGUUUGUGUUGGCGGGGCAGCAGGGCACCCGAUUUAGACGAGCCACAACUGUUGGCAGCUUCACCGUCCAGAUGGUGAGCAUCCGCAGAGUGUCCGGGAUAAAGAAUCCAGCAGAGAUGACCUACUACGUCCAGCACAAUGGCAUUCCUCUGUCAGGCACUUCAUCUGCCAAAGUCUUGAACACAGUAGACUCUCAGACCAUGGCACUCACCUUAGGCUACUUUGUCCAGGUGCAAGCCGAGCCUGUGGUCAAGAACCCUCCUAAUAACCUUUGGAUAAUCGCUGCAGUGUUGGCUCCAAUCUCAGUGGUAACGCUCGUUAUUAUCAUCAUCACAGCUGUGCUGUGCAGGAGGAACAAGAAUGACUUUAAAGCUGAUGCAAUUGGUAAUCUCAACCCAAGAGCCAAGAUGGCAUAUCGGAGGGAUGUGAGCUAUUAUCACCAGCCAGUCCAGGGAUUCGACUAUGCCAAGCAGCACCUGGGCCAGCAGGGAGGAGAUGAGGAGACACUGCCUGUCAGUCAGGAUACUUUAGUGAUGUCCCUUCAAAUUCGGGACACAUCGCUGUCACUAGAAAAGGCGCUGCAUCAAGACGGGACGGCCAACAAGAAAAAUCUCACAGCUGAAAAACAUAAAAGUAAGUUGCCAAGUGAAGAUGGUUCCGUCAUCAGCGACGAAUCAGAGAGGGUGCAUUCUAAGAGGGGCCUGACGGUGCCCAAAGUCAAAGCGCAGCAAAAACUGACAAAGGAGGAGACCCACAGGAGGGACGACCAAUACGACACAUCUUCUGGUUCCCUGCAGCUCAUUUCCAUAAAGCCACUUACAGCACAGACAAACUGCUCCCACCCUGCAUUAUCCGAUCGCAGCCAGGACUCAGUCAUUGUCAAUGGAGAGGUUAACUUGGCACUGAAGCAGAAAUCGGACAUCGAGCACUACAGAAACAAGCUGAGGCUAAAAGCUAAGAAGAAAGGUUAUUAUGAUUUCCCAUCUACUAAUGGUAGCAGUAGCAGAGGUCGAGCCUUGGUGCAGAAAAAGUGGUACGACUAUGAAAAAGAAUCUGGUGAAGAUGGCAGACCCCUGGAGCCAGACGAUGAGCAAGGGUCCACAUUUGUUAAGGCUCAUGGAAGGCAUUCUCAGGUCGGACAGAUGGCCUAUCGCAGCAGACAAAGUCUAAGCAGCCCAAGUCCUGGAGGAACAGAGAUGGACCUCCUUGUAAUGAGAGAUAGACCCAGAAGAGGCAUCCGCAACAGUGGCUAUGAUACUGAGCCGGAGCUAAUUGAGGAGACAAACGUUGAUCACCUUCUAGGGCCGCGAAGAUACAUGUAUGGCCGGGGCCUCAAGGGCCACUCAGAGACAUCCACUCUGAGCUCACAGCCCUCCAUCUAUGAAGUGCGACAGCAGAUGCACCUACUGCUGGAGGAGGCUUUCAGCUUGGCUUCUGGGGGGCAGUCCACAUCUGGAAGACGUGGCCACCACCAGCAGUCCCCGGCUAACCAGUACAGUCCUGCGCCUCCUCCUCUUCCAAAUGCAGACGUAGUCAACAGUGUUCCAGGCACUCUGAGCUCUGGGCGGGAAGGCCUGCACUGGGUACCAUCUUAUGGGACAGAUAUUUAUCAGUGUAGCCUGCCUAAACCUGCCUUUCGCUUCACCCAGCUUCCUGAGAUGGCCAUGGGUUCUCCACCUCCUUUACCACCUCGCACUGGACCUCGUCCUAGAACCUCCUUAAGACGUUCCACUUCGGACUUGGGGCCUAAGGGAAGGAGCUCAGAAACAUCUGUCGCUGAAAUGCGUAGUCAAUGUGAAAAGAACCCAUAUGCGCCAACCACAAGAGCAGUACUUCCAUCUAUUACUGCAGAACAGCCUGUGCCAAACUACUCAGGAAACCCUAUAACUGCUGUCUACGCUAUCCCCUCUGCCAGGCCGGGGCACUCAGAGUAUUUUGUCCCUACAUCCCCCACAUCUUAUCACAGUCCAUCUUGGAUGUCCUACCCACCAGAACCGGAGGAUGUACAGCCACAGUGGACAGAUGCUGUACCCUUGCCUGGCUAUGCAGAAGCUUUUCCUAACCCUCGUUACCCACAGGGGAGUCCCACUAGGCUCCCGUUGCAAUACAGCCAGACACUGGAGCAACCGCCCUCUGCACCCCGCACAGCAUCGGAUCAAAGUCUGCCCCAGGUGCUGAAGGACAUGGAUAGGAUGCCUCUGAGCAGCCUCUCUACCUCUGCACUUGUGCAGGCUAUAAGACAGGAGGUGGCCAAGCUGGCGAAGAAACAGAAUGACAUAUUUGAAUUUUAACAUAUAGAUUGGUUUGGCUCUUCAACAGAGGCACAUUUUUAAUCUUUGUACUGUCCAACAGACUGAUACUUAUCUGCUGAUUAUCCACCCCUGUUUUUGCACACAACUGGUAUAUUUCAGCUUGUGAUUAAAGGGACAGGAACAAUUCUAUCAAUUUUGGAAAACAAUUAUUCAAUUUUCUGUUGAUGACAUCCCAGGUAAUUUGGCACAUGUCUAUGUAGAAAUCGCAAUUUAACCCAACUAUAGGGAGAAAAAAAGAAAGAUUUGAUAUAAUUUCUCAGAUCAGAUUAUGACUUUAAUUCGACCGACCAGAUACCCUGGAUUUCAUUAACAUAAGUGUACUGAGAGGACCAAAUUUUUCCUGUCAGUACGGUUUAACUGACAGUGCAUAUAAGCAUGUACAGUUUAAGGAAAACAUGUAUCUAAUCUUGCAGCAUCAGCUUAAACAACCUUGGCAAAGUUGGGAUCCACACUUUUCAAGCUUUUAAUGUCAGAGCAAAAUGUUACAUCCAUUUUCAAUUUUCUUUGUUUGUUUACAAGUCAGACAACAUAGUAUAAAUAACAUAUAAAUAACACCAUCUACACCCAGCCCUGAUAAUAUAAUGGUUUAUUAAGAAUAAAUUAACAAAUAAACUAAUUACAGCCUAAAUGUUUGUUUCAUUUCUGUUGAAAUAAGCUAAUUAUUUAGAUUAAUAUAUGGUGCAGAUGAUAUUUUUGGUUAUGUACUGAAAAUGGUUCUAAAAAAAACAUUCCUAUGGUCUGCACAAGGACUACGCACCUAAUGAAUCAAAAAUCCUCCUACUAUUAUGUUUUUCUUCACAUAUUCACAAAGGCUCCCAGUAAAACCAUAUCAGCAACAAGGUAAAUAUCAUAGUUUGGUACUUUUUUGUUCUAAGGAUUUUGUGUAUAAACAGAUCUAUGAUAAUGCAAAAUUCAAACUAUUUUCUAUGAUGGAUGCGGUACAUAUUUUUUACUCACUGAAUCUGUGAAUAGAGACUAAUUUUAAGUAGACGGUUCUCUUGCCAGUCAAACACUUCUAGUCAGCAAGAGCAUAAACAAAGACUAUAUUGGGCUUUGUUGAGUUGUCUGGUACCUGGACAAGUGCAGCAGAACAUUUUGGCCCAGUGGGUUUUAGAAUGGGUUUCUUGCAUUGUGUGUCCUGUGUCAACAGAAAACACCUAGAUACUCCUAAUAAAGAAAGUUAGGUUUUCCGUGGAAAGCCUAAUAUUAUUAGAUUACAAUUAGCAUCGCUUAUUGUUGCUCAUAGUAUUGUAGAAUUUAAUUAUUUUUACAGCCCGAUAUGUAGAAAGGGUUCUGCAAAAUAUGAAUAAAUUAUGACAAAGACUCAUGUGAACAAUGAAAUUCUACACAACAUAUGAAAUUUCAAACAGAUAAAUUAUUCUUUGUAAGUAGGUUGUACGGUUUGAAAAUAAGUUAAAGAAAUAAAACUUGAUCUCUCUGAACUUUGUGACUUUUGAACUACAGCUAAUGAAAGUCCAAAUUAAUUAUCCUGAAAGUUUAAUGACUAAGUGAGAAAAAAAAAAAACUUAUUUUCGAAGCAGAAUUUUCUUCCUCGAAAAAAGUACAAAAGAGGCACUCAUAUUUGGUUGGUCUUAAUUUAUAUAGAGUGGUGCAUCAAUUCAACAUCCCAUUAAGAUGGAUUGUUUGUGGCUCUAGUGAGGUGUUCAGGAAGUCCUGAUUGCUUUGAAAAUAAAAUAAAGAUAGAAAAUAAAAUAUGUAUCUCCAUUAAAAGGGAAGCAAGAAACUGUGAACAAUCCCUGAUACACACCUUGGCUGUCAUUGCGCUUUAUACAACUCUGUGCAUCAUUAUCAGUAUAUGACAUAAAUCCUUAUGUCAUGACUGGCUGUGGAAAGAUCCCAACUGGCAAUCCACUUUAUGGGUCUCUACUCUUUUUUUGUUUGUUUUGUCAUCUGUGAAGAUGACUUUAAAACUUAUUCCUAGCACUUUUUUUAUUUUACCUACAGUAACUUUUCAUUUUGUUACCAGUAAUUACUUUUUAUAGAUUGAUGAACAAAAGGCAGAAUUUCCCCAUUACAUCUAAGCUAUAACAUUAAAUGUCUUUUAUUAUUGAUCUCAUAUAACACCCUAAGGUUUCUGAACUCAGGCCUAAACUCUGCAAAUAAAUACAUUUGUAAUGUCUAUGAACUACUUGUAUAAUAAUAAUGACACGCACAGUCAUAAACUAUAUAUAUAUAUAUAUAUAUACAUACAUACACACACAUUUGGGACUGAAUUGCCCUGAUGAUUAAAGGAAUAUUAAAUGACAGAAUAUUUUUUGAAGAGCCCAUAGACGAGCACCUGCGUGGUGAAAAGUUUGAGUACUUGACUCAAAUUGUGACUCACUUUUUGUGUUCUUGGGAUCAUUUUCCUUUUUUGUGCCUAUUGAAGUGUUUAAAGUAAAACCUUACAGGAAUCUUAAUAAUGUGGUUCAAACAAGGUGUACAUUGGAAUGUUAUAAAGAAAGUUAAAAUGGUUUUACUUUGGCUUUUUUUUUUUAUUGUACAUUGAAUAUUUCAAUGAGCAGAGGCUUUGUCUUUCCAAGUUAUUGAAAUAUGUAAAUAACACUAGGUUGAAUACAAGCAACAAAAAUUACCUUAAAAACAAAAUGAAGAAGUAAAUACUGGACAGAGUACAAUAUUUCUGAGUGUCCUUGUAGGUAAUGUUUAGUUAAAUAUUACGUUUCUUUCAUGGAAUAAAGGGGACCCAUUAAGGUCAUUACACUUUCAUCAGGGACACAGAGGAAGAAGGUCAUCAUAUAAUGUUACAAUACAGGAGCCCAAACCAGUUUCCUAAUCUAUACAGUAAAGUAACACAGGCACCAGAAAGUUGAUAAAAACUUGAUUUAUAUGUGUGUAUGUGAAAAUUUUCCAGCUGGAAAAAAAAAGUGGAGUUUCACUGCAGAGAAAUGCAUGUAUCAUAGACCCGUAGCCAUGGUUGUGUAAUUCAACACUGCAUUAACACUGAGAUUGCUAACUUGUACUGUAUGAUUUCUAAUAACCUUAAAAAUAUCUAUUAUUAUAUAUAUCAUAUAUAUUCAUUGCUGAGAGAUUGUCAGCUUUGACCCCAGAGUGAUAUAUAGGAGUAAAGUUGCCUUUGAAUAUAUAUAUAUAUACAUACACAUAUAUAUAUAUAUAU